CUCGAGCGCUGCCCCGUUCGGCGCGAGGGCUAGCAGCCAGGAUGGCAGGACGGCGGCGCUGUCUGUGCAGCACAUGUUUUCUGCGGCUCCUCGCCCUCGAGCGCUUCCCUUUGCGAGCCAUAGAGCCAUCGCAUAUCGCCCGCCCGCCCUGCCCUCGCUCUGCCCCCCAUUCGCCAUUCGCUCGCUCCGCGACGCUGACUGCCGCUCCCUGUGCAACGCUGGCACCCGGCCCAGCCCGCCAUGGACGAGCGCGACAGCAAGGCGGCCCAGCGGCGGCUGUCCAAGAAGACGCGCGCGCCGCCGCCUGUCAGCUACAAUAACAAGUACAGCACUGCCGGCCAGCUCAAGCGCGCCCCGUCGGCCGCCAGCUACUUCGAGCGCUCUGGCAGCUCCGCGUUCUCUUCGGGUGGCCUUGGCGCCUCGCCCGCCGACCAGUCGCUCAGGCGCUCGCCGUCGCUGCUCACGCCCGUGACCGAGACGCGCACCGUCGACGCGAACGGCGCCUACGGCUUCCACGACCACCCCGCGAACCGCCUGCCGUCCAGCCACGAGCUUGUCGGCGACUCGUUCACCAGCAUCGUCGCGGGGGCUCCCUCGCACGCGCCCCGCCAGCUGCGCCCGCCGGGCCCCGCCCACUCGCAGACGAGCGACGGCAACCCGCCGCGCUUCAAGAAGAGCCCGCGCCUGCGCCAGUCGACGUCGUUCCAGCAGCUGGCCCGCAAGAUGGACGCCCCGCCCGGCACCCGCAGCCCGCGCAACCGCUACAGCGCCGACGGCGACGCCAAGGCCCGCAAACCCGACAGCAAGAAGAAGAGCACCUUCAGCACCUUCGUCAGCAACAUGCUGGGCUCGCCCCGCCGCCCGACCAUCUCCACCCCGACCAACCCCAUGCACGUGACCCACGUCAGCAUCGACAAUGAGACGGGCGAGUUCACGGGGCUGCCCAAGGAAUGGCAGCGCAUGCUGCAGCAGAACGGCAUCACCGAGCAGGAGCAGAAGCAGCACCCGCAGGCCGCCAUGGACGUCGUCAACUUCUACAAGAACAACGCCGAGCGCAACGGCGACGACGAGGUGUGGGAGAAGAUGGGCGCCGCCCACCCCCACCACCAGUCCGCCUCGUAUGCCUACGGCGCCCCGCCGCAGAGCCCGCCGCAGAGCCCGCGCUUCCCGCGCAACGAGCACGACAGCUUCGAGAACCCGCGCGCCCCGCCCCCGGUGCCGCUGCCCCGCAGCCAGACCUCGCCCAUGCCGCACACGCCCCAGCCCAACGGCGGCUCCAUCGUCCCCCACCGCCCUGCCCCGCGCCCGCCGGGCUCCUCGCAGGGCGCGAACCUGGUGCCCUCGCGCGCUGCCCCGCCCGUGCCCGUCUCUCAGCGCCGCCAGGAUGGUGACAUGCCGCCUGUCGUCUACGCCUCGCCACAGGUCACCGACAGCGGCUACGGCACCGCAUCCGCACCGCGUAGCCGCGCAAACACCACAGGCGGCUCACCUCCGCGAUUCGAGUCACCCAACAACAGCCAGACGGCCAUCUCGCCUGCUCAGCAAUACCAACACCAGCAGGCACAAGCCAUGGCGGCCGUCCAGCACUCCAUGAGCAGCCACAAGCAGCAGCCGCAGCAGCAACCGCCCCACCUCGGCCGCAGUGUCAGUCAGAAGGUGCCGCAGUCGCAGCCCUUCAACCACGGCCCUCCCGCACAGGUCCAGCCCUCGCCCCAGCAGCAGCUCGCCCAGCAGAUGGACCCGCAGAACAUCCCUCUCCCCUCGCAGCAGACGCAGCAGCCGCAGCAGCCACAGCAGCCACGCGUGGGCCCAGCGCCUCGACCACGGCAACGACCCAGGCAAAGUCAGGGCCCUGACAUCAUCACCAAGCUCAACGCCAUCUGCACCAAGGCCGAUCCUACCACAAUGUACCGCCAGCUGAACAAGAUUGGCCAAGGCGCCUCCGGUGGCGUGUACUCGGCGUACGAGAAUGCCACCAACAAGUGCGUGGCGAUCAAGCAGAUGAACCUGGAACAGCAGCCCAAGAAGGACCUGAUCAUCAACGAGAUCCUGGUCAUGAAAGACAGCAAGCACAAGAACAUUGUCAACUUCAUGGACAGCUUCCUGGUGCGAGGUGAUCUGUGGGUCGUCAUGGAGUAUAUGGAGGGCGGCAGCUUGACGGACGUAGUGACCUUCAACAUCAUGUCGGAAGGCCAGAUUGCGGCUGUGUGCAGAGAAGUUCUUCACGGUCUGCAGCACCUGCACUCCAAGGGCGUCAUCCACCGAGACAUCAAGUCUGACAACAUCCUUUUGUCUCUAGAGGGUAACAUCAAGCUGACCGAUUUUGGUUUCUGCGCGCAGAUCAACGAGCACCACAACAAGCGCACGACCAUGGUCGGAACACCCUACUGGAUGGCACCGGAGGUCGUCACUCGCAAAGAAUACGGCCGAAAGGUCGAUAUCUGGUCGUUGGGUAUCAUGGCAAUUGAGAUGAUUGAGGGAGAGCCACCGUACCUCAACGAAAGCCCCCUGCGAGCGCUGUGGCUCAUCGCCACCAAUGGCACGCCUCAGAUCAAGGAAGAGCAUGCACUUUCUCCAGUCUUCCGCGACUUCCUCGGGUUUUCGCUGAAGGUUGAUCCCGACAAGCGCGCGAGUGCCCACGAUCUUCUUGUGCACCCCUUCAUUCAGACUUCCGAACCGCUCAACACCCUCUCACCUCUUGUUUUGGCCGCACGGAAAGCACGAGCCGACGAGAGGAAGAAGAAGGGCGGCAUGUGAUCUGUUUCUUUCUAGGCCUGGGUGUCUUAUCCAGGAACCUAGGAAAUGUUACGAUGCACACAACGACCGUCGAUUUCGUGAACACCACGGAACCGUAUGCCAAAUGGCAUGGCAAACGGAGGCGUUUUGACACGACGGUUGCGCUGUUCU